AUGCGCCGACUCUCGAGUCUAUCGGCGCUGCUAGCAGCCCUAGCAACCCCCUUCUCCACCUCCGCCGAGCUCAUCCGCCGCGAUCUCCAACCUCUCCCGCUCUCUGUCCGCGACCGCGACAUCGUCGAUGCCCGCAACGCAACAGUCGCCCUCGUAGGCGUGAACUGGGCAGGCCACGAGCGGACCAUGCUGCCCGAGGGCCUACAAUACCAAUCCGUCGCUCACAUCGUCAAGCGCAUCGCCGAGACAGGCUUCAACUCCGUCCGGCUAACGUUCGCCACCGAAAUGGUGGACGACAUCGUCGAUCGGGGCGGCGACGUGGACCUCAAGACGACGCUGCAGAAUGCGUUGGGGCCGGAGAACGGUACGGCUGUCUUGAAGCAGGUUCUCAAGAAUAACCCGUCUUUCAACGAGAGCUCGAAGAGGCUUGAUGUGUGGGAUGCUGUUGCGGCGGAGCUGGGGAGGCAGAAGAUUUACGUGCAUCUUGAUAAUCAUGUUUCCAAGGCUGGCUGGUGCUGUACGCCGUAUGAUGGGAAUGGAUGGUUCGGCGACACAAACUUCAACACGUCUAACUGGGUUCGCGGACUAUCCUACAUGGCAGAACAUGGAAAAGCUUCAAACUGGACAACCUUCACAAGCAUGGGUCUCCGCAACGAGCUCCGCGACCCCUUUUCCGCAACCCCUCCCCAGAGCCUGGAGAACACGACCUGGACGACCUGGAAGACGCGCAUGGUCCAAGGCGCCAACGCGAUCCACGCCGCCAAUCCGGAUGUUCUCAUCUUUUUUGGCGGGCGCAUCUUUGACUUUGACAUUUCGGCUCCGGUACAGGGGACGUUUGCCAGCGAACCGGGCUUCAACUUCUCCAUUGCCGAGUUUUCUUUCAAGAACAAGUUUGUGUUUGAGCAGCACCAGUAUGACCAAGGCCUUGUUGAUGACGCGUGUACGACUUAUCGGGAUAUCUUGACGGCGUUCGGCUCUGAUGUUAUGACUAUUGGGAAUAAUGGGACAACUGGAAACGGGACCAUGACGAACGGGACCAUGACGAAUGGGACCAUGACGAAUGGGACGAGUAAUCGGGCGCCGUUGGUGAUGACGGAGUGGGGGCAUGAUCAGACCGAUGAAAGCGGCGCAUUCAAGGACAAGUUCCGGAGGUGUCUAAUGGACUUCAUGGUUGAUGGGCAGAUUAGCUGGAUGGUUUGGGUGAUGGGUGGAAGUUACUACACGCGCGAGGGUGUGCAGGAUAAGGAUGAGCCUUGGGGUAAGUCUACUUUCCUUUUUAAGAAGAUGUUGAUGAUUGCUAAUCUUACCAUGAUAGCUAUUCUGGACCACAACUGGGACGCUUACCGUGGGAAAGCUUCCAUUCGACGACUCCAGAGCGACAUGGAAAGGACGUACGCUGCCUUUCACCAGUCUAUGCCCGAUGCUGGGCGGAGUCCUGGGAACCAGCCAAAGAGUGUUGCAACGUCAUUUCCUUACAGCGUCUCUUUGGCUACUUUGAUGGGUAUCGUCGUCGCGGGUAUGAUCUGGGCAUAGAAGAGAAAGAGUCUCGAGAGGUAGAGGAGAGGCUGUGUUCAUUGUGCAUAUUCGGGCUUGGUAGUCUUGCUCUUCUUAUCUCGCCAUCAUCCAGGAAACAGUCCACCGAAAGUCGAUGG